CUACGGUUCGAGCUGGAACCGAUCGCGUUGUCAGUCGGUUGGCACGACGCCGGCGAUCACGACGCGCAUCACCGUUCGCACUCGUUUAAUCGUGUAAUCAACGGCGCGAACAAUAAACAACCGUGCGUUCUCCGCAUUCAUUGUGCACGCACAAUAGACGCGACACCGCCGCUUUCUAGAAAUGCAUCGCGAUCACUGAUUCAAGUUCAAGUGAUCUUAACAAGCGGCGCGUAACGCGUCCAAGGGAGAUAGUAACAAAGAAUACAAUACAGAAAUAACUUGUGUUGGAUCAGUGAUUCUUCGAGAGAACUUUAAACUGUGUUUGAAAGUGAAAGAGUGAUUUAGUGAUCGUAUGGACGUCUACAUAUUGCACUGUCUUGUAACUGGCAUUUAUUGCAUUUGAUACGUAACCAGAUUCAGAUUGGUCCUAGACUGUGAUACUGAGCAAUCAACAUGGAACCGCAGGACACGCACGACGACGUAGCGCCGAAGGAUCCAGGAGCUCAGAAAGUUGGAUCCUACGACGAGAAGGAUUACGAAGGUCACCGCGCACAUUCAGUCUUCGUUGGCGUUCACAUUCCGGCUGAAAGACGUCACUCUCAUCGAAGACACAAGCAUCACCAUAGCAAAUCAUCCGAGUUGAAUGCGGUGGAUGAUGAGCGACCAAGAUUGCUUGUAACGCGCAGAGGCCGCAUGAGUAUUUCCGAGGAAGGCGAAAUAUGUACGCCACCUGCACAACGCGUCCAAUUUAUCCUCGGCGAAGAGAUCGACGAUGGAACCGAAAGUCAUCCAUUAUUUUCCGAAAUGGAAGAACUGGUGCAAGAUGGCGACGAGUUGGAAUGGAAAGAAACUGCGCGUUGGAUCAAAUUCGAGGAGGAUGUUGAAGAGGGUGGCAAUCGGUGGUCCAAACCCCACGUGGCCACCUUGUCACUGCAUUCCUUGUUUGAAUUGCGCAGCUUGUUGUUGAACGGUACUGUGCUACUGGACAUGGAGGCUAAUUCCGUAGAGCAAGUGGCUGAGUUGGUCAUAGAGAACAUGACGAACGCCAACGCGCUUCCGAUAAACAAAAUGGAACUCGUGAAGGAUAUACUAUUAAAACGCCACAGGCAUCAACAUCAAAGAAAGAAGCAUUUGUUGCCAACAAUUCGGAGCUUUGCUGAAAUUGGACGGAAUCAUUCAUCGUCAAAAAAGGGAUGCUAUAGUAUAUUACCAUGCGUUAGUACUCCACAUACGGAGGGCGCACACCAUCGUCGAACAGGACACGCGCAGGGCAAACGGGUGCGCAUCAUUGAGGAUGACGCAAGCACACAGAAACGAAACGGUUCAUACGUUUCGAUUCCAGCGAUAUUUAGCGCAGAAACAGACGACACAACCACGUGGCUUGCAUUGUGGCAUCAAACGAAAGUUGAUGCGCAAGAUAUGGAAAACAUGGGAAAGUCUGGUCAAGUUGAGUUUGGCAAAUUUCUCUCAAUUCCUGGACAGGGAAGCGACAAAUCAUCACCGGAGGCAAUGUCCAAAAGCGCUAGUGCUCACUCAAUAAAUCGCAAUCACAGCUCGAACAAUUUGGAAAACGGCAAUUCAAACGGAGACAUUCCACAGCACAAUUUGCAGUUUAUGCGUAAGAUUCCACCAAAUGCCGAAGCAAGUAAUAUCCUUGUGGGUGAAGUGGAUUUUCUCGAGAAGACUAUUUCUGCGUUCGUUCGAUUGAACACUGCGCAUGUGAUGGGUGAUCUGACCGAAGUACCGGUCCCAACGAGAUUCAUCUUCAUACUGCUCAUGCCGUCAAACGGGAAUUCUUCACAUCAUGAAAUUGGUAGAGCUAUGGCGACACUCAUGUCAGAUGAAGUAUUCCAUGAGGUAGCCUAUCGCGCCAAGAAUCGUAGUCAUCUCUUGGCGGGCAUCGACGAAUUCCUGGAUGCCGUCACGGUUUUACCACCGGGCGAGUGGGACCCUGCCAUUCGCAUUGAACCCCCGGCAACUAUACCAUCGCAGGAUAUUAGAAAACGACCUCCAGAAAAACCCAGUGAAGAAAUUGAUGAAGACGAAAUGGAACAAAAGGAACGUGAAGAAGCUGGUCUGGAGCGCACGGGUCGCUUGUUUGGAGGACUCUUCAACGACAUCAAACGCAAAGCACCGUUUUACUGGAGUGAUUUCAAGGAUGCAUUUGCAAUGCAAUGUAUUGCAUCAUGGAUAUUUUUGUAUUUCGCCUGCCUAUCACCAAUUAUCACCUUCGGUGGUUUGUUGUCCGAAGCGACUGGCAAAAACAUGGCAGCUAUGGAAUCGUUAGUUUCCGGUUUUGUAUGUGGUAUUGGCUACGGCUUUUUCUCUGGCCAACCGUUAACUAUCUUAGGAUCCACCGGUCCAGUAUUGGUAUUUGAAACAAUUGUGUACGACUUUUGCAUUUCUAUGGGAUGGGAUUACCUCUCGUUCCGGAUGUGGAUAGGCAUUUGGAUCGCCGUGAUUUUACUGAUAUUGGUUGCAAUUGACGCAAGUGCAUUGGUGUGUUACAUCACUCGAUUCACGGAAGAAAAUUUCGCUACGUUAAUUGCAUUUAUUUUCAUCUACAAGGCUGUUGAGAAUGUUCUGGUCAUUGGUAAAAAGUUCCCGAUUCAUGGCGCCAACACGGAAAGCGGAUGCUUUUUAAACGAGAGUGUACGUAAUCAAUACCCAGAGAUAAACAAUCAUUGGAUGGAAUUCAACAGCACCACAUGCUCGGAAUAUCAUGGAAUUUACGUGCCACCCAGCCCAGCAGCGGCUCCUAAUGUUUUCCUAAUGUCGAUCAUUCUAUUCAUGGGCACAUUUUUAAUAUCUGUGCAGUUUAAAGACUUUAAAAAUGCACUAUUCUUUCCAUCAAAGGUGCGUCAAUUUGUCAGCGACUUCGCCGUAAUCAUUGCAAUCUUUGCUAUGACCAUCCUAGACUAUUUCGUGGGCAUCGACACACCAAAACUAGAAGUACCACAUGAAUUCAAACCUACUCUACCAUCACGCGGAUGGGUGAUCAGUCCAUUUAUAAAUCCAGUGUGGUCCUACCCGCUGGCAAUCCUACCCGCCCUUUUGGGAACAAUCCUUAUCUUCAUGGACCAACAAAUUACUAGUGUGAUCAUAAACCGCAAAGAAAACAAAUUGAAGAAAGGAUGCGGUUAUCACUUGGAUCUCUUUGUCUUGUGCAUUUUGAUAGCUAUUUGCUCGGUGAUGGGUUUACCAUGGUUCGUGGCCGCCACCGUUCUUUCCAUCAAUCACGUCAAUUCGCUCAAGCAAGAGUCAAAUUGUGCUGCACCUGGUGAGAAACCACAAUUUCUGGGAGUUCGUGAACAGCGUGUUACGCACAUUAUGAUUUUCCUCACUAUUGGUUUGAGCGUUUUCUUGACGCCUAUGCUCGGACACAUUCCAAUGCCGGUACUCUUUGGGGUAUUCCUUUACAUGGGCGUCGCGUCGCUCAAAGGAUUGCAAUUCUUUGAUCGUAUUUUGAUCAUGUUUAUGCCUAACAAGUAUCAACCGGAUUAUAUGUUCCUCAGACAAGUUCCAAUUAAAAGGGUUCAUCUUUUCACGAUUAUCCAACUGACAUGUCUUGCUUGUCUUUGGGUAAUCAAGUCAUUCAGCAGCACAUCGAUUCUAUUCCCGCUGAUGUUGGUUGUGAUGAUCGGCAUUCGCAAGUCGCUGGAUUUAAUUUUCACACGACGCGAAUUGAAAAUUUUGGAUGACAUCAUGCCGGAAAUGACGAAGCGCAACCAGCACGAUGCCAUGGACGUUGAGGGUCACAAAGUUCCACUGGAACCAACCGGAAAUUUGAAAAUUCCAUUAGCUAAUGGCAACGUCAUGAAUAUUCCGCUCUCAGCAAUCAAUAUAACUGAAGAAGUCAACAAGACAGGUAUCUGGAAGCAAGUCAACCAACUGAACAAACAUGAAAACAAACAGCAGAUUAUCUACGCCAAAGAGAACAACAAAAACACGGAGAAAAAAGAGAAGGACUCCAAAGACAAGAAAAAAAGUCCACAUAAAGCCUCUGGCCGCUUUAAGAAAAAGAACAAACACAACAAGAAGGAGGAAAAACGAGAAGAUCGUAAGCUAGAAAAACGUCUGUCUACAAUGGACGAAGGAGACGAAGACGAGGACGAUCAAGGCAUCGUUAUUAAGCGUGAAACCGACACAAUCGCGAAGAAGAACAUGUGGACCGUUGACCAAAAUUUCAUAAACAGCAGCAAUAAGGAUGAGACGCGAGUGUAAACUGAAUGUGAAUGUCAUUAUCAUUUCGAUUUAAAGCGCACAUACAUUAAUUCGUACAACACAUCAAGUGGGUAUUAUAUUCCUAAAAUUAUUGCCAUUUUUAUUAUUCCCUAUAAUUAAAUUCAAACUCUGACUGUCCAGUAAAAGUAAUCAAUAUUGGUGAGAAUUCAAAUACGGAAUACAAAUAGUAAAAAUAGUAAACAAGUUAACAAUCAACAUACAACCAAACGAAAUGAUCCAAUUAUACAUUAUACAAACAUUUACAUUUUUUAUUGUUAGAUAUUUAUACUUAUAUUUAAUAUUAAUAUAUGAACAAUGGAUGGCUGUGUGCAAAUACCAAAUACUCACCAUUUUUACACUUAUAAACGCGAUUAUUUCAAUGAACCCUAGAGAUACCGAUGUUAACCCAAGUGAAUGUAAUCGCCAUUGUGACAAAAUAUUUAUUGAAACAUUUAUCUGAUGAGUAAAAUUUUAUAGAUAGCACGCCUUAUAUGAAAAUGUCUAAAAGACGCGUCAAGAUGUCGGCUGAUGUGGGAAUGACUAGCUCAAUUAAAUACGUUGCUGUUAGAACGGUUGUGAUUAUAAAACUUACUAUCUUUCAAUAGAAAUUAAAGCUACGCAAAAAGAUACUUAAAACAAGAUAGUAAGCUUUAUAAUAAUGGCAUUGUAAGAUAUAAAUUAUAAUGGAGAUUAAUUGUUACAUUGAUGUCUAACUAAUACUCGAUGUAAAGGGACAUGUAUUUACCUGUUUUAUUUAUACAAUCAAUAAGUACGCAUAAUAUUUUAAGUAUAUUUUAAUAAACUUAAUAUCGACCCAACUAAACAA